CAGGCCUAUCUUCUUUUGGAUGUCGAUUCUGUAAGCCGCCGUCGCUCAGCCGCCACUGUCAUAGCUCAUGAGUUUGCUCAUCAGUGGUUUGGAAACUUGGUGAGCCCUGACUGGUGGACCUUCACUUGGCUCAAUGAAGCCUUUGCCUCCUUCUUCGAAUAUUUCGACACCAAUCAGGUCGAACCAGAUUGGGACCUUCUUUCCUCCAUGGUGACAAGUAUGCAGCACAGCGUCCUGAGGACUGAUGCCAGAUCGACCACUCACCCCAUAACCCGCUACGUAGAAACGCCCUCACAAAUCUCCUCGUCGUUCGAUACUAUCACCUACUCGAAGGGGGGCUCGCUCAUUAAAAUGAUCUAUCACUUCUUGACUGAACCAACUUUCUACAAGGGCCUCAAUAUCUAUUUGAACAGG